AUGUCAGUGUUUACAAGAUGUCUUCAAGAUCUGCCUAAAAUAAGCAUUAGCGAUAUACACCGCAUCGUUGAUGCCUGGUCCCCUGCUCCAACAAGCAAGCGGAACAAGGGAUUCAAAUUCUACAUAUCGAGUUAUAUCCACAACUACGAGGUUUCUAAUAAAGAUCAGGGCACAGGUGAAGUCAUUGUCAGGUCAUUGUGCUACAGAUCCAUGAGGAAAGCUGAGAAACCUCACAGUAUAAAGCCAGGCCCUGUGGAAAAGAUGGUUGUGCUGUCUGCUAAACCAAAGUCUAGAGCAACAACAGAGGGAGUAAGGAGCACACUCUACAAAAGCCUGAGUGGAGAUAUGCCUGAUAUAUCUGUACUUCAGGUGACAGAGGUAUAUGAAGAUUUCCCUACAGCUGAGGCACCAAUGAUCUGCAGUAUGGUCGACUCUGCCCUUGGCAAGGUUCAAGCCGGUAGUCCCUUGUCCUACCAACAACCUGCAACAGCAAAGAGAAACCUGUCCUUCCAUGCUGCCCCACCACGUCCAUCUGUGCCUCUUCAGAGUUACCGCCUACAGCAAUCCAGUUGCAUGUUUGUCUGCACUGAACAGCAGCUACACCAUAAGAGUCUGGAAGUCACCUGGGACAUGGCGCACAAUUUUGAAUGUGCUACCAGAGACCAAAGUUCAUGUACUGAAUGGCAUCAGCUAAGAAGGCAUAGACUGACUGCCUCACGUUUCAGGGAGAUCUGCCAGGUUCGAGAGAACUCUGAAGAAAACGUGGCUAACCGGAUACUGCAAGGAACCCGUCAGAUGGCGGCUAUGAAGAGGGGGCUCGAAUUAGAGGCAGAUGCUAUCUGGGAAUACUGCCAGAUGAAAAGGGUGAACCACUACCCCUGUGGAUAUGCUCCUUGGCUGGGGGCGUCUCCAGAUGGGUUAAUCUUUGACCCUUCAGAGCCAUGUCAGUUUGGGCUGAUUGAGAUGAAAUGCCCAAAUGUUAAAAGCUAUGUUGACUGCCCAUAUCUCAAAAUGAAGUCAGGCAAAUUGGAGCUACAACAAACACAUGCUUACUACUGGCAAGUACAGGGGCAGAUGUUAAUAACAGGAAUGAAUUGGCGUGAUUUUGUAGUUUCAGCUUAG